AAACAUCGCGAACAAGAGCGACCCAGAGCGACUGCCGUAAAGCGCGGCGGGGCGAUGGCGGCGCGCUGGGGCCUCGGCGCGGGUGGUGCCUGGGUGCGCAGUGUCCUGGGCUGGGUGCAGCCUGAGAGGUGGCUAGUGUCCAGUAGCCUUUUCCCGCUGUCGUGUAUCCACACAAGCACAGCUCUGCAGAGAUUUGGGAAGUGGGAGAAAAAGAACUGGAUUGUUUACCCUCCGCAGCUGCCGGGAGAACCUCGCAGACCAGCUGAGAUAUAUCACUGUCGGAGGGAAAUAAAAUAUAGCAAAGAUAAGAUGUGGUAUCUGGCAAAACUGAUAAAAGGAAUGUCCAUUGAUCAGGCUCUUGCUCAGCUGGAAUUUAAUGAUAAAAAGGGAGCAAAGGUGAUCAAAGAGGUUCUGUUAGAAGCGCAGGAAAUAGCAGUAAGAAAUCACAAUGUGGAAUUCAAAUCAAAUUUGCAUAUAGCUGAGUCAAUGACUGGCAGAGGCCGCUAUGUGAAGCGGAUUCGUUACCAUGGCAAAGGCAUGUUUGGAAUCAUGAAACUCUCCAGGUGCCAUUACUUUGUGAAGUUGGUGGAAGGUCCUCCUCCUCCUCCAGAGCCACCAAGGACUGGUUUUGACCAAGCAAAAGAAUAUGUGCAGCAUCUGCGAAGUAGAACCCUUGUUAAUACACUGUGACAAAGUUUUGUGACUGUAUAGGUAUUUCUUGUACGGCAAUGUACUUAUAUAAAAGAAUAAUUAAAAUCAUGUUUUAGUUAUUCCUCUGCUGUUGUUGGAGCUGAAUGAUGCAAGAAUGAUCAUAGGCUUUUUACUCAUUUGUCAAGCCAUAGGUGUGGAAAAAUCUUGGAAAAGCAGCAACAGAUGUCGCUUUUUAUGAGCUAUUUGGACCACAGACUUCAAGCUGUACCCGGUACUAUAACAUUUAGAACAUGUGGUGCUGUUAUAUAGCUUGUAAGGAACUGUGUUGUCCUCAGAUUCAUGCAGCUGCCUCUUUGUUAUGUAUGGUUGGGUCUGUUAUUGUAAAAAUAUGUGCUUGACAAUUACAUGGCAAGAUCAAGACUUGGAGUAAAAUGACUAAAAUUUGACAUCCUUAAAGUAGCUACAACAGUGGAACAAAACAAGCAACAAUAAUAGUUGAGAUUAUCAGGCAUCCAUUUAUGGUUUAUCUAGGCCAUAAUGCUCUUUCUUCAUACCCUCUAUUGCGCAUCUUGGACGUUGUGUCUGGGAGUGAGGAAUAAAGAGAUCGUUUAGAGUUCAGGUUUUGAGAGAGUCAGUAGGUGGCAAUGUUUGGUUUGUCAGAGGGGGAAGUAGUAGGAAAAAUUUACACUGCGUUGAAACCUGUUCUUGAUUCUGACCAUGGCAUUAGUAGUCUGAUAUGUCCAUGGAGUUCAGGCUGUUCCUGAAACUUGGUAUGGGUUACAGGCACAAUAUGGAGAAAAGCUUGUCUUGGUGAAAAGUGAACUAAAUCUCCACUGUCUGGAAACAAAUUGCUUUUGUAAUGUUGAGGCAAGUAAAAUGUGCAAUGGAUUUAAUGUGGAAUGGCCUGUUGCGUAAACAAAUCAGGCUUUCAGUUCUCUGAAAACAAUCCCAUUUUUGUUGUUACUUUAAAGAGAAAAAGACUGAGAUUGGUAGGGGGAAUCUCAUUUCAUCCAGUCAAGCUUUCAGCUCAGAUGGCCAGAGAUCACGAGCUGAAAAAGAAUAAGUUGUUGCUUGUUUAUGCAAAUGUCUGAUACUUAGGCCUUUCUUUUCCAUUCUGCGAGCAUCAGAAUGGGAGACAGAUUGCUUGCCUCGCUUGGGUCUUUUUGCCACACCAAGGAGUUGUAGACUUUCUCACAUGUAUUUACUUCGAUCUGUACUUGAAUGAUGGUAAAGGAACAGUUCCUAUAAGGAAAGAAAUUAUCUUUAUUGUCUUAAUCAAGGUAACAUACAGCUGUUUCUUUUGGCUGCCAAAGAAAGGGUCUUGUGAUCUUCAGGAGUAUUAGGGGAUUGUGAAGUUACACAAGAGGUACAUGCAUGGUUCAGUACCAUUAAUGACGGCUUAUUUGCAGUCUGUUUUUCUGCUGUGCACUUACAGAUACAUUACUUGCUUUAAAGCCAUGAUUUAGUAACAUGUAUCUGAAAGUAUGUUCCUGAUAAAACUCUGUCUCCGUAGUCCCUGAUGUGUGUUUGAAGAACUGUUUCUGGUGUGCUAUGUGCUAUGAUAAACAGCUGUGCUUUGCUCUGCCAGCUGCCGUUAAACUGUUUUGUCAUCUGAAAUAUCUUACAAGUUGUAGCAGACUUGAAUGACUUAAUCUUUUUGAGGGUCAGUGAUCUGGGAGAGGACUAAGGAAUCACAAAAUAAUCCAAGCUUAUUAAGCACUUGCAAUCUAAGCAUGUAAAACCAAUCUUCCAAGUAUUUUAUUCCAGUACUGGCUUCUCCAGCGUGCUGUACAAUUCCCUUCAGAUCCCUCUUGAACCUCUGGACGAUGUUCAAUACUUAUAGAUAUCUCUGCUUUAGUUACAAAUCUGCAGAUGGGAAGAGAAAUGAGAAUGUGACCGAUGUCUUUUCCCGCUUCUUUAUGAUGCAGCAGGUGGCCCUGAUGCUCCUUUAAACAAACAGGCCUGGGCUUUUGAAAUUUUUCAGUCAGUCAAAAAGCAAGAUUGUUGCUUCUCAUUCUUGUUUUCUUUCUUAAAACAAUAAGUGGGAAGACUCUUUUCUGACAUGUCUUUAUCAAUGACCUGGAUGAGGGAAUCGAAUGCAUCCUAAGUAAGUUUGCGGAUGACACUAAGCUGGGUGGAAGUGUCGAUCUGCUGGAGGGUAGGGAGGCUCUUCAAAGGGGUCUGAACAGGUUGGACCGCUGGGCUGAGACCAAUGGCAUGAGGUUUAACAAGGCCAAAUGCCGGGUCCUGCACUUGGGGCACAAUAACCCUAUACGGUGCUACAGACUGGGGGAAGAGUGGCUGGAAAGAUGCACGGAGGAGAAGGACCUGGGGGUGUUGGUUGAUAGCGACUGAACAUGAGCCAGCAGUGUGCCCAGGCGGCCAAGAAGGCCAAUGGCAUCUUGGCUUGUAUCAGAAACGGUGUGACCAGCAGGUCCAGGGAGGUUAUUCUCCCUCUGUACUCGGCACUGGUGAGACUGCACCUCAAAUCCUGUGUUCAGUUCAGGGCCCCUCGCUACAAGAAGGAUGUUGAGGCUCUGGAGCGUGUCCAGAGAAGAGCAAUGAAGCUCGGGAAGGGGCUGGAGAACAAGUCUUAUGAGGAGCAGCUGACGGAACUGGGGUUGUUUAGUCUUCAGAAGAGGAGGCUGAGGGGAGACCUCAUUGCUCUUUACAACUACCUGAAAGGAGGUGGUAGAGAGGAGAGUGCUGGCCUCUUCUCCCAAGUGACAGGCGACAGGACAAGGGGGAAUGGCCUCAAGCUGUGCCAACGGAGGGUCAGGCUGGACAUCAGGAAAGAAUUUUUCACAGAAAGGGUCAUUUGGCGCAGGAACAGGCUGCCCAGGGAGGGGGGGAGUCAUCAUCCCUGGAGGUAUUUAAAAGAUGGGUGGAUGAGAUACUUGGGCAUGGUUUAGUGCUUGAUAGGAAUGGUUGGACUUGAUGAUCCAGGAGAUCUUUUCCAACCCUGUGAUUCUGUGAUUCCUCUUAUUCCUUAGUACCCUUUUCUGCCUUCUUAAAGAUAUGUUACCCGUAGUAGAUGCCUAUGGUGUUGGCUAAGAAAGCACUAAGCAGCAGUGUCUGCAACAGUACAGUGAUGGUAGGUAGGGUUGAGAAGAGGGUCUUCAACUGGUUUGAUCCCUGCCUUUCACUGGUGGGAUGGUAAGAGUGUCUGAAGUGGUUUCUGUGACAGAUGCAUCAGAUUACUGGUAUGGGAACCUGCCUGAUCCCUUUAAAAAUUCAGUAAGAUCUAGUGAUGAAGCUUUAUACUAUCAAGUUCUAAAUAUAAAUAAAAUCUGUGGAAUCAGAUUGUACUGUGCAUUCUUGGUAAUUAGUACAACUACAUUUUAGUUAUAUUUGAUAUGGAUUCAGACAGAAAUUUCUUUGCUAACUGCAACAAGUCUUUAGCAAAAGAUGAUAUUUAUUACUGUGACCUCCAAUAGAACAACAUUCUUAAAGAAGUCAUUACCAGAAGGGAGGGGGAGAGGCGCCUAGGCCUGUACUCGAUGCUAAUUUUAUUGGUAAUGUCUGGGGGCACUGUAAACUCACUAUUUGUGUGUGUUUGUGCUGAUGUUACAGAAACUGGGAAAGGAGCAAGUAUGCGUGAAGGUGUAGUAAGGCUUCAGGGAAAUCUGAAGAGAGCAGAACUGUGAGCUGUGCUCAGCAAUGUGAGAUUUAGUCGAGGCAAACUUAAAAACUUGCUGUUGGGAUUGUUCAUAAUAAUUUAAAAGUAUCCAGUGAGAAAGUUAAAGUGCUUUUGUCAGACCGCGUGAUGUCUUUUUGAAUGUGGUUUUGGUUUUUUUCCUUUUUAAAACUGAGCACUUACCGAGCAGGUAGUUCAUUGGAGGUAGAGUAAGGAAAGAUGCGUGAAUAUAGUUACAAAGUGAUCAUCGGCCUCUUUAAGGUAAAUGUAAGUGUGAUACACAACAACUGGACAAUUAGGGACCUCUGGUUCUGGUCAGGUCUGUACUGGAAAUUGCCAUUGUGAGGUGGACUGCUUUAGGGCUCAGGUGGUACGUGGGCACGGGUGUGUUAUGCCCAGUGCUUCAGUGCUGUACCUGGCACACAGCAUAAAUCUUUUGAUUUACCCCUCUUUGCACAAAUGGGAGUUGUGUAACUACUGCCACCCCUGAGUCACUUGGGAAAUCCUUCAGACACUGGAGUGAAGGAACAGUAGGAAUCACUGUUUGCUUUCUGCUUUUCCCUAUGAAAAUCCACUGCUGGGAUGCUGGAAAGUCAUUUACAAGUAGAAUUGUCCUUUAAAUAGAAAUAAGGUUACAACUAAAUCCUCAAUGAACCAUAGAAACAAAGGUGACAUUCUUCACAAUAUGAGCUAUAGUCCUGCUGAAAAUGCCCCCAUUUCUAGCCUUUGAAAGAACAAGCCCUUAUUGAUGAAUGUCAUCUCUCCAGCUGCACUUCAACCAUGUAAUUUGAAAUAAUUAGUAAUUAAACAAAAUAGGAAACUGUAGUAGCAAUAAUAAUCACGCAAGUCACUGUUUGCUGCAGCCAUACCUAGGGGAAAUAACUUGAAAGGAGGGGAAAGUUUCAGGAACUGACUUUUGAGUACUUAAGUGAGGUAAGGAACAAGAUAUCUCUUGGGGAGUAGUCAGCAAAUGCAGAGCUAAUUUUGUAUUUGCUCUAUAACAUCAACACUCUCUUCUUCUUUCAAGGAAGUUGUACGCUAAUACAGAGGGCAGGCUGCCAUUGAAGAGAACAAGCCAAGGAGAGUGCAACUUUACAUUGCACAAAUUAGGCAUUCACCUCAGAGUAUUAGCUGAAGAAAAUAAUCUGAAAGCCUAUCUAAUACUCAACAGAGGAGUCUUGAAACUAAAGACAAAAUGUGGGGCAAGAACAUCUGAAUAACUAUUGCAUCUGCGGGUGCUACUUCUUUGCAUUGCACGGUAGUACAGCUAUCACGUUUUGUAUCGUAAAAUCAUUUUCAUCAUAUAUUAACCUAGAUGCACUUUUCUUUCCUCUAAAAAUAAUGAAAUGAAGGCUUAAAUGAUAUUUGUAUUCAUGUGAUAUCUUUUAAAUUAGCUAGGAGUUGGGACCAUUGUCAGUGCUGCAUCAAGUCACCUGUGUGUUUGUCUAACAAUAUUGUAAAUCCAGCCAUCUCUCUGGUAGCCUGCGCUAAUGCUACGCUACCUUCCCUGUGAAGGCUUCUUGCAAAGGCUGGCCUGGGCCUCCCAAGCAGUACUGUGUUGUUCUCCUUUGCUCUAUUGCCUGGUGCUACCGGGAGGUGGUUGACUUGAUCAAAUCAUAACUCUCCUGUUGCUGUUAGAUCAAUCUGCUAAUCACCUUUUUGGAGGUUCAGCUGCAGGCUCUCAUAAAUCUAGUUCUCUAGCCCUUGCACUUUAUCCUCUCCUGUUGCCUCAUCUCUGUGGCUGUGGGGGACCUAAAACCAGACUCAAAUGUUCCAGGUACCAGCACUGUUGAGAGGGAGUUAAACUUCCCUUGCUCUGCUGGCCAUGCUUUUAAUGGAGCCAAGUAUGCAGUCUGCUGUGACAGUGAGGAGACCGUGUUGUUGACUCACAUUCAGCCUGAUGUUCGUGGAACCCCCAGAUCCUUUUCAGGUUGCUCCUCAGAACUGCAGUAAAUACCUGUGGGAUCUGUGUUUCAGCUCUCAUUGCUUUUCUGUAUACACUAAUGAGGACUCUUUUACCACUAGAAAAUUGUUCUGUUAUGUGGAUGAUAAUUUUCUUUCCUAAUAGAAAAGCUGCAAAACAGUUUUCUGGCUUGUUGUUAAUCAAACUCUUAGGCUAGCCAAGAGUGGAGUAAAGGCAUUUGUACAUGCUGUUGUGGCAAACUCCAUCAAUGUAUGCAGGUAAUAAGCGGUGAAAUGUGUCUACAUCUCUCCUGUUGAUUAUCUCCUUCAAAGCAAGACAAACAUAGGUCUUUACCGUAUGCUGGCCAUGUAAAAUAAAACUUUAAUUAAAUGAAAACAGAGUGGAGUGUGAGGUGCACUACACUGGGCUGUGAAAGCAUUGCUGUUCAAAACCAGCUCUCCUAGAUGCCCCUGAUUCCUUGCCUUCUUUUUUCCCCACUUAAAAUUCCCAAUAGUGCAUUAAGAGGAACUUGGUAGUUAGUAAAUUUUCCCCUGUGUAGUUUACACAU